GCACUGUGACAUUACCUCACGAUCGAUCUAAUCUGAAAACAACAACACGCGUCGUUCAUGAAUUUAUCUAUCUCCAAUGGUAGUUUUGAACUUCGCGAUCUUUACCAGAGCCUGUCUAACUCAUUCAUCCGCAAGAGCCUCUGUAGUAGACGGCUGGCUGUCAGAUUCGAUUGGAAUUACGGUCAUUCGUUCGAGAUCCCGCCAGUCAGAUUGCAUUGAGAACUUGCAUAAUUCAAACCCGACAUCACAGGCCUUUCUGAAUCAAAAUCAGCGGAAAAGAUCUGCUAGCUGCUCGAUAACUCUCUUCUCAAAAUGCUCGUCCCCAAAUGCCUCCCGUGUCAUAAUCAUUCCCGUACCGAAUAUUCGUCGGAGCUCGCGGCGGCGGCCUGACCCGACGGCACCGUCGUCGUCGCCAUCGUCGUCGCCGGUGGAUCUGGGACUGUAGUUGGCUCGAAAACGAAAGUCGGUAUCGGCGAAAAUCCCCGGCUGAUUUUGAUCGCGACGAUGUUCCAAUUGGAGGGUACUAGCGGAUCCGGAGACUGCGAAUGCAGA